GACAGUGUAGGUGAAGGUGUUGUGCAUCCGCGUUAACGGGUACUUGCUGUUGGGGGUGCGUUGCUUCUCCCCUCGAUUUUGCCCCCCUCCAACCCCCCGUCCCCUUACCAAAUCUCCCUCCUUUCGAAAAACGUCACUUUGUAUAAUAUUUUAGUCUACGAGAAAUCCGAAUUCGUAUCCGGAUUGUUCGCUGCUGUAUCGGCUACAAGUUUUUUUUUCUUUUUUUUACUCAGAGGGAAAUGUUUGAGUGAUUUUGAAUUUUAAUUACCAGGAAAUAUUUAUAUCGUGAUGGGGAAAAGUGGUGUGUUCAGUGCUCUCUGUUCUUGGUGAACUCAAGGUCUUGAUGAACGGGAUUUAAAGACUUCGUUGUGUUCUCCGAGGUCUUAACGAGAGGGUUAACGAGCUGCUGCAGUUGCAAGAGGCAUAGGUCAAUCUUCAUCAUAUCGGUGGCCAGACGUCCCCUGCCCCCGGUUACCUGAAAACGAAAAGCCCUUGAAGACCACAGAAAAAAUCCAGGUGCAGCAGCAGCAGCAGCAACAGCAACAGCAGGUCUUCAUCGAAUCUCGAACGUUUUUAUCUCACGGCACCACCUGGCAUGAACGUUUCUUAGGUUGAACGUUUCUACAUUUGAUAUGAAGAUGCCGCGUUCUGCAGUGUAAUCGGAAGAUAUAUUUUGUUACUGGUGCUUGGAAGUUAUUUUAGCCUUCCCCUUUACAGAAACAAUUAUAAAAAAGACUGACUAUUUUUAAUUUCAUAGAACCAAUAUUUAUGUUAUAUAGUUAAAGUGGAAUGAGAUAUGAUCCACCACUAUGGAACUAAAGCAACUGCGUUGCACGACCCGGAGGACAGAAAAGCUGCCAGAUAGUGACUCUAUACAGCGAGAGAAAUAACGAACAGCGCCAAAAAACUUAACAAACAAAACACAAAAGCAAAAACAAAAAAAGCCGAAGCGAGGAAACAAGGACACAAUCCAAUUCGUCUUCUCGGAAUGACUGGGAGGGCUGGGGGAGGAGGAGGUCCCUGCCAACGCGAAGGCCCUCUGAAGGCGUCACCGAAGAUUAUUGCGACGAAGACACUAACAGCCAAAACGAAAACACCGGCGCUUGUCAUUUUCACUUUGUUCCUGGCCGCCUGUCCCUGCGUCGGCAGAGCUGAUCCUUCGUCUGCUAAAUGGCCUAUGUCUAGCGUGAGUGGCGUAGCAGGGGCUCCCUCCCAACUCCCAUGCGUGGUCACCCACAACCAGGUGGGGGACAACCCCACCCUCGUCCUCUGGUACAAGGAUGGGGCUCGCCUCCCUUUCUACACACUCGACCUUCGGGAAGGCGAAAACAAGGAAGAGUUCGUCGACCCGUCAGUGAAAGGUCGAGCGAGGUCGGACGUGGACGGAUCGAACCUAAUCCUCGACCCCUUGACCGGGGCUGACUCAGGUCAAUACAAAUGUCGGGUCGAUUUCGAGAAUCUGCCCACACUCUCGGCUUUGGUCAACCUCACAGUGUAUGUGGUUCCGUCCCGUCUCGUGGUUCAGAAUGAGAACAGCCAACCUGUGACGGCCGGACUUUUAGGCCCCCUGACGGAGGGCCAAAAGCUGACUCUCUACUGCGUCGCCACAGGAGGUCGCCCGUUGCCGCAAGUUACCUGGUGGCGCGGAGACAAACUCCUAGCCAACCGGAGCAUCAUCAUGGGAGAAGACGGGUCCCUGCUGGGCCAGAACGAGGUCAGCUACAGCAUCUCAACCGACCUGGGCACGAUGCAGCAGGGCAGGAACGCCAAGCACGUCAGGACGGAGCUGACGAUUCCCAAACUCAGUCGAGACUACGCGCACGCAAACCUCACCUGCAAGGCCUCCAACAACAUCUCGGAGCCCCUCUCCACCACGCUCUCCCUCGACGUCUACCUUCGGCCCUCCGACAUCGAAAUCAAAGGGCCCGGGACGCCCCUGGUUGAAGGACGACAAGCCAAAGUGGAAUGCAUCGCCUCGGGCGCGUACCCCUCGUCCUCCAUCUCUUGGGAGAAGGCCCGGACGGGGGAGGACCCCGUCGAAAUCAAGGCACCCUCACGCCACCUUGGGGAUCGCACCUCGUCCAUCCUCACCCUAAUUCCGGAUGCAGAGGACCACGGGGCCAAGCUGACGUGCCGAGCUCAUAACCCGAAUAUUCCCGGCCCGGGCAAAUAUAAGACAACGACCCUACAAGUCACAUUUGCUCCGAGGGUGAACCUCCGCCUGGGAGCGAAUCUCGAAGGACAUCCUAUCACGGAGGGCAAGGACGUCUACUUCGAGUGUGAAGUCUCGUGUAACCCUCAAGCGAGGAACAUCGAGUGGCACAAAGACGGCGAAAAGGUGGAACACCAAAUGAAGGCGGGCAUUUUGGUGUCGAGCAGGAACCUCGUCCUCCAGAUGGUUCGGCGCACCUCCGCUGGCAACUACACCUGCACGGCCACGAACACCUUAGGAACUACCACGAGCAAUGUCGUUCCUUUGGUCAUAAGAUAUCUUCCGGUGUGCGUCAGCGGACCCCAGACCGUGGCAGUCGCAGAAGGGGAAGACGUCAGACUGAACUGCCAGGUGGACGCCCAGCCCGAUGACGACCUUCGCUUCACUUGGUACUUUAACAACACACUCGACACUGUCGAGGUCGAGCGACAUCGGAUCAAGGUGGAGCAAGGACACAGCUUCCUCGACUACACCCCCAGGUCGGCUCGCGACUACGGCACCCUCUCGUGUUGGGCAGCGAACGUGGUGGGCACCCAGGCCGACCCUUGUCGCUUCACGGUCGUCGAAGCAGGACCACCCGAGCGUGUUGGCAACUGCGUCCUGGUGAACCUCACCGUGGGGACCCUGGAAGUGGAGUGCACUGCUGGAAACGACGGAGGCCUGCCGCAGAGGUUCGUCGCGAGAGUCUACGCGGCCCCUACACACACCCUGCUGGUGACUCUGGAGGAAGAGACCCCUAGGUUCCACGUCGAGGGCUUGACGCCCGGACAAGACUACCUCAUUACGAUCACAGCUGUCAACGACAAAGGUUCCAGUGACCCUGAAGAAAUUGAUGCCGUUCGACUCAAGGUUGCCGAAAAGCGGAUGGGCGAAGUCUCUACCCCAGCAGUUUCGCCUUUGGUGGGCGUGUUCCUCGGACUUGUGGGCGGAUUCGUAUUUCUUCUCAUCGCCUGCAUCCUUCUCGCUCGAGUCAGGUCCAAUAAGUGCACCUGCUUACGCGACGGAGAGCGGGAGAGGGGGGCGGGCGUCGUGGGCGGGAGUUCGCCCCACGCCCCAGCUUCCAAAUCCUCCGGGUCCUCACGUCACAAUCUUCCCCACUCGUCCCACGACGAUGAAGACGAGGAUAGCCCCGAUGUCGUCAAAACUGCAAAUGAAACGGCUCAACUCCUGGAGGGUAGUAAAUGCCCAGAAAUCAUUCCUGCAAGAAGACCGCCACCCCCUACAGUCAUAGCAGUGUGAUGGGUCAGUGUGGAGUGGAAGGCAGCGCCCAGCUGGGAACUAAUGGAAGUGGAGGGCUAGGAGGUGGAGGAGGAGGAGGAGGAGGAAUGGUAGGAAGCAGUCUCGGGGGAGGCGGAGUUGGAGCGGGAGGAGUGG